CGUUCGUCGCCCCAAACCCGGAGAAGGGGCGGUGCUAGGGGUGGUGACCGGAAGCGGCUCCGGUUCUCAGCAGUGGUUUAAUAGUUGUCAGAAGGAUCUCAGUGCUCUGUGUCGGAGGGAUGUGGAGGUGAUGGGGCCCCGGGGAGCGUGAGUGUUGGGGAAUUCUGUGUGGUCAGUGGUGGAAUCGGUUGUCUAACCGUGGCUGGAUGAUUCGAUCAUUAUUUUGCAGGCUUUCCUCUUUUCUCAACGUUAAGGUCCUGAAGUUCACUCUAAGACCCCCAAGGUAUACAAUAGAGUGAUUCAACAAUUUGGUUUCUUGGAGUCCUCGUGGAGCCUGUGGGCCAGACCCCGUAGUGGAGGCCGCAGGAGCUGCUUCCUGGCCCCGACAGCUCUCACUGAGUCCACGGACCCCUUGGCUUCAGGCUUGUGGGAGGAGCAUCAGCAAGAGAGCUGGAGGGCUGAGGUCCAGUGGGAACAUGCCAGCCAACCGGAGCUCUCCUAGGCCAUCCUUGGCUCUGGGCAUGGGGACCUGUGACGACUCCUGUGAGGUCUCUGUGUCAUUCGAGGACGUGACUGUGGACUUCAGCAAGGAAGAGUGGCAGCAACUGGACCCAGCUCAGAGACGCUUGUACCGGGAUGUGACGCUGGAGAAUUACAGCCACCUGCGCUCAGUGGGGUAUGAAGUUCCCAAACCAGAGGUCAUCUUCAAGUUGGAACAAGGAGAGGAGCCAUGGAUUUUGGAGAGAAAAACCCCACAUCAGAGCCAUACGGAUGGGAAGUUUGGGAUUAAGACCUCACAAAAGAGAAUUUCUGGAAAAGCUUCCUUUCACGGUGAAAUGGAGGGUGAAGAUACAAGAGAUGACUCACUGUAUUCCAUUUUAGAAGAACUGUGGCAAGAUUCUGAGAAGAUAAAAAGAUACCAGGAAAAACAGAGCAAACCUCUGAGUCAUGCUGCUUUCAUCAAUAAGAAAGUAGUGAAUACAGAGUGGGAUUUUGAAUAUAAAGACAGUGGAAAAUUUGUUCAUCCAAGGCCAAAUCAUAUUCCUUCACCGAAAAGACCGCAUAAAUGUGACUCAUUUGGAAAGAGUUUUAGGCAUAAUUUAGACAUACAUAUUCCUAGUAAAAACAAUGCAGUGAAGAACUUUGAUAAAAAUACCGGACAUGGUCAAGUUUUCACGCAGAGCUCUUCUUAUACUAACCAUGAAAACACUCAUACAGGAGUGCAGUUCUGUGAAAGUGAUCAGUGUGGAAAGGUCCUCAGCCUCAAACAAGCAUUCAGUCACAAUCUGAAAUUUCCUGCUGGGGAGAAAGCAGACAUGUGUUCUGAAUUUGGGAAGAUCUUCACCCAGAAGUCACACCUCUUUCCACCUCAGAGAAUCCACACUAUGGAAAAACCUCAUGAACUUAGCAAGUGCGUAGAUGUGUUUACACAGAAGCCACUACUCAGUAUAUAUCUAAGAGUUCACAGAGAUGAAAAACUGUAUAUAUGUACUGAGUGUGGGAAGGCUUUCAUACAGAAUUCAGAAUUAAUUGUGCAUAAGAAAACCCACACUAGAGAAAAACCCUAUAAAUGCAAUGAGUGUGGAAAAUCAUUUUUCCAGGUGUCCUCUCUACUCAGACAUCAAACAACUCACACUGGAGAAAAACUCUAUGAAUGCAGCGAAUGUGGGAAAGGCUUCUCCCUGAACUCAGCCCUCAAUGUACAUCAGAAAAUUCAUACUGGAGAGAGACACCACAAGUGUGGGGAGUGUGGGAAAGCCUUUACCCAAAAAUCCACACUCAGGAUGCAUCAGAGAAUUCAUACAGGAGAGAGAUCUUACAUAUGUACUGAAUGUGGGCAGGCGUUCAUCCAGAAGGCACACUUGAUUGCCCAUCAGAGAAUCCACACUGGAGAGAAGCCCUAUGAAUGCAGUGACUGUGGGAAAUCUUUCCCUUCUAAGUCACAACUCCAGAUGCAUAAGCGAAUUCACACAGGAGAGAAACCGUAUAUAUGCACUGAAUGUGGGAAGGCCUUUACCAACAGGUCCAAUCUCAAUACUCACCAGAAAUCUCAUACUGGUGAGAAGUCUUAUAUAUGUGCUGAGUGUGGAAAAGCCUUCACGGACAGGUCAAAUUUCAAUAAACACCAGACCAUUCAUACCGGAGAGAAACCCUAUGUUUGUGCUGAUUGUGGGAGGGCCUUCAUCCAGAAAUCAGAAUUAAUUACACAUCAGAGAAUUCAUACCACAGAGAAGCCUUAUAAAUGUCCUGAGUGUGAGAAGUCCUUCUCCAAGAAACCACAUCUCAAAGUACAUCAGCGAAUUCACACGGGAGAGAAACCGUACAUGUGUGCAGAAUGUGGAAAGGCAUUCACUGACCGGUCCAAUUUCAAUAAACACCAGACAAUUCACACCGGAGAUAAACCCUAUAAAUGCAGUGACUGUGGAAAGGGCUUCACUCAGAAAUCGGUCCUGAGCAUGCAUCGCAAUAUUCAUACAUGAAAGUAACCCUUUUUCUUUCAAAUGAGCAAGCCUUAUCACAGAAGUCAGGUCCAAGUGUGUGUUAUAAAAUCCAUCCAAGACAGACCCUCUAUGAAUACGCUGCAUGGUCCAAUGCAUCCAUCCAAGCCUUUCCCACCUGAGAUGAGAAAAAUUAUUCAAAAGAAACCCUCUACAAAUGUGUCGAAUAAAAGGGACUUUCCAUGUUUGCAGGGCCUCACACACUAUAAUAGAAUUCAUCCUGGGAAAAAUGCUGUUGGUAUGAUGCAUUCGGAAAAGCCUCCCUUAUAGAAAGUAUUAUAAAGCAAAUUGUUACCAAAUUCUUUAUAGAUGGAGCUCCAUUUUUAUGUAUUCUAUACAUACAAACGUAUGUGAAGGACAGUCAUGUUUACUGUGUUUUAUUAAGCCAUGUGAAGUGGCAACAAAAUGAAAGGGAGAAAACAAAAUCAUGUAUCUGGUAUGUGGACCUACUCUCAGUUCCAUAGGGUGUUUGUGGCAGAACCCAUUACACAACAGGAGGAGUUAAUGAAUUGAAAUUCUUUUUAGAAUUUAAUAUAAGUGUGUCCAUCAAAUAUCUUUCCUAUUGAAUCCUUGUGUGAAUCCACAGUUUUAAAGUCAUUAUGGUUUUACAUAUAUACACAUCGGCAGACAUAAUCUCACUUGAACACAUAAAUACACAUAAAUACAGUCUUAUCAUUCACACUGGUUUCCGCGACAUCGCUUGUUUCUCUUCUUUCAUUGUGGUACAGUGACAAAACAGCCAGAGACCUCUCCCAUCCUUUAUGCCUACCCCUUUGCAAUGUUACUCUCUUUUUUUUUCUUUUAUUAAGAGGUAGAGAGCUCUCUACUCCUUGACUCUGAGCUUGGCCAUGUGAUUUGCUUUGGCCACUGUACAUUAUUAGCAAAGAGAUUCAAGAGGCUGGAGAAAAGUCUGCCUUGAGUCUUCUCUUGCUGCUUUCUGGAAUUCUGAGACCUUCACAUGAAGAAACUAAAGAGUACUCUAAUGUGGGUAUGAGAAACCUUGUGGAACAGAGAUUAGCGAGCACAGAUAGGAGGCCUCUUAGACCAACUUCCAGUCAUGAAAGUGAGACCUUCCUCAACCUCCAGCCCCUGCCAAAGUGGCCCACGCCAGAAGAGCCAUACCAGUUGCUGCAGCUGACCAAAAGAAUUAUGAGAUACAUAAAAUGCUUCUUGUUUUAAGCUACUAAGUUUUGGGUAGUUUGUUGCACGGAAAACGCUAAACAGUACCUUAAAGUAUAUACUCGUUGGGGGGAUUAUACAAAACACAAGACGUGGCAUUAGCUCUGGGCCUGGGUGGCAGGUGGAGACUGGAAACAAUGAGGAAAACUGUUAAGAAAGACUGGAAAAGACAGCAGCUCAUAUAAUUUACUAAGGAAAAGAAUAGCAAAACAGUCACCAUGCUCUGUGAGAAGAUAGAGAAUCUACCAAAAGAACUUGUGGAUCUGGCUAAGGAGAUUUCCAUCAGAAUGUUGAAAAUACCAAUUUGCUGCUUUUUAGCUGCAAAAGAGAGAUGAACUAAGGAAAUAACUGUUCCAUUUACAAGCAGAAUUCAGAAGAAAUACAAAAAAAAA